AUGGGAAACCGAUUUUGCUGCUCUUCGGUCAGGCAGCAGUACCCACCAAAGAAGGAGGGUAGCCCCCCUCCCCCGGCCGAGACAUGGUCGAGAUGCUCGACGGAGAGCGUCACGGCGACGCACAACUUCGAGGUGACCGGUUUCUCGUCGCUGGAGGGCAUAGGUGCCGGUAAGUUCCUCAGGUCGCGAAAGUUCACCAUCGGUGGCUGCGAGUGGGAUCUCCACUUAUACCCCGACGGAUGGAAGGAGGAGCACAAAUCUGUCUACGCGUCGGUCUUCCUGUCUCUCUGUGAAGGAGAAACCGGGACGUCAGGGGUGACGACCAAGUACACCUUGACAUUGCUGGACCAACAUGGUAGAGUAUCCAACCUUACUACCCAGGGAUCCCAAGGUAGCCUACAACAUACUUUCCAUAGUACCACCCGCUAUUGGGGCUUUGAGAAGUUUGUCGAGAAAUCAAAGCUGCGACAGCUGCUUGCCCUCACCGGGGACUCCUUCACAGUCAGAUGUGUCUUGACUGUCAUCAAAAAGGGUCAGGCAGAAGAUGUGCACACGGCCGUCGCACCGCUCCCGCAGUCCAACCUGCACAAACACUUCCUAGAUAUGUUGAAGGGUGGGGAAGGCGCGGACGUGACCUUCACCGUCGCAGGCCAGUCGUUCCUCGCGCAUAGAUGUGUGCUCGCCGCAAGGUCCCCGGUGUUUAAGGCUGAGCUCUUUGGUAAGAUGAAUGAGACUCUGGCGCAGAGCAUCAAGAUCGAUGGCAUGGAACCCUCCAUCUUCGAGGCACUCCUUCACUUCAUCUACACGGAUUCUCUGUCGGAUGACCGGCAUGCGGAUGAUAGACACACGGAGAUGCAGCACCUGCUGGUUGCCGCGGAUCGUUACGGAGUCGAUAGGUUAAUGGCGAUAUGCGAAGGGAAAUUGUGUCGAAGCAUCGGCGUGCAAACCGUCGCAACGACCCUUGCUCUAGCGGAGCAACACCACUGCAUGCACCUGAAAAGGGCAUGUCUUGAAUUUUUGUCUUCCCGGGAUGUCCGCCAAGCUGUCAAAGAAACAGAUGGAUUCAAGCAUCUCGUAACAAGCUGCCCAUCGGUUAUUCUCGAGAUUUUCGACAAGCCUCCCCCACAAUCCUGA